ACAAUUUAAAUAAUGAGCUCUGUGUGCUAAAAAGAUAACAUAGCUAGGUUAAACAUUAACAGUCACUGUAUGAGUCUGCGCUGCAGCUCUUUUGUUUUUCAGACCUUCACCAUCAAGCUCAAAAUGACAGACUUUGGAGAGAUUCUAAGGAACAUUGGGGAAUUUGGAUUAUUCCAGAAGAUCACGCUCAUUGCACUUUGCUUUCCAAACUUUGUUCAGACUUUUCUCUUUGCCAGUUUUGUUUUCAUCCAAUCAGAUCCAGACAGACACUGCAACACAGACUGGAUCCUCAGUGCUGCUCCUAACCUGACCUCAGAGGAGCAGCUCAACCUGACCGUGCCUCGGGAGGAGGAUGGGACCUUCAGCAAGUGUGAGAUGUUUGUCCCAGUGAACUGGGACAUUGAUACUAUCAGAGAGUACGGACUCAAUGAGACCACAGGGUGCCAGGAUGGAUGGGUGUAUGGGAACAUGCUCUACAAAGCCACCAUAGUCACUGAUUUUGAUCUAGUGUGUGGCCAGGCCAGCUUGGUGGAAGUGAUUCAAGCAAUGUUCAUGGCUGGAGUUCUUGUUGGUUCCCUCAUGUUUGGACCUUUUGCUGAAUCGUUCGGCCGCAAACGAGCAACUCAGAUUCCAGCAGUUCUGUUAUCUGUAUUCACCGUGACAACAGCUCUCUGUCCCAACGUCUACUUAUAUUUAGUAUCUCUGUUUUUGGUGGGAUUUGGAGCUGGAGGAUAUCGAGUCAACAGCAUCAUACUGUCCACUGAAUGGAUUGGGAUGUCCAAAAGAUCAUGGGGAGCUUGUGUGUCUCAGCUGUUUAGUGCAAUUGGAGAGUGCGUCCUCGCUGGUAUGAUCUAUGGCAUCCGAAACUGGAGACUGGCUCAGCUGAUCACAGCAGUUCCGCUUGCAGUUCUUAUGAUCUACAUAUGGUUUAUUCCAGAGUCAGCCAGGUGGCUGUUAAGCAGAGGCAGAAAAGAAGAAGCCAAACAGCUGAUUGUCAAAGCAGCAGCCAUUAACAAACACCCUGUGUCAGAGUCUCUUCUGGACAAGAUUGAAGUGAAUAACACUGUGAAUAACGAAGGAAUAAAAAUCAUCUUCAGAUCAUCACUGCUGACCAGAUAUUUCUUUAUUAUAAUACUAUCAUGGUUUUCAGUGAAUCUUUCCAUCUACAGUUUGUACUUAGAUAUGGAAAGCUUUGGUUUGAGCAUCUUUGUAACCCAACUGCUUUAUGGUGUUUUUGAAGUACCAUCUGUUUUACUCUCCAUGUGGCUGCUGAAUAUUUUUGGGAGGAAAAUAUUAUUCAUAGCAACCCUUCUGAUCGGAGGAGUCUCUUCCAUUCUUAUCCUCGCUGUUCCUGAUGGUUACGCCAUUGCUGUCACAUCUUUAGCUGUUGCGUCUCGUUUUUUCUUGAUAUGGGCUGGCUCUAUUUGUAUGGUCUUUAUGCAGGAGUUGUUUCCAACAUCAGUUAGACAAACAGCCACAGCUUUAGGAUCCAUAUCAGCAAGACUAGGUGGAUUGCUGGCUCCACUGCUGAACUUGUUGGCCACGUACCACUGGGUCAUACCCAUCACAGUCUUCAGCUGCCUUACAUUGAUAGGUGGAUUUCUCGGCUUCUUGCUUCCCGAAACCAAAAGAAAAGAGCUUCCUGAGACGGCUGAAGAGGCUGAGCUCAAUGGACAAGUUAGUCCCACAAGAAGAACAACUACCAGUCCACAUUCGUAUUCAACCAAGAUGUAGAUGUUUGUAUACUGAUUUCAUCUUUACAAAUAUGUGAUGUAUUUAAAUGAACCACAACCUCAGUCAUCAUGUACUAUAGACGUCCCUGGUUCUGGACUCAGGGUCUGAAGAUACAUCUGAGGAGACUACAGUCUUAUUAAGUUAGCAUUUUGUUAACACUUUGGUUUUUAGUGUAACUUUGGCUAACUUUCUGCAGUACAAAGAACCAACUGUAAUAAUAAAUGUAAUAAAAUAAUAAUGAAUGAAAAAAUAAACACUAUUC